ACAAACUGCUGCAAAACUAAAGGCAGCAGGAAGGGGUGUAAGCCUGUCGGUGAAUCUGAAGUCCAAAAACUCAGUUGUAGUAACGCGCGUGACGAGAGCUCUCUUCCCUUUGCUCGUCUUUGAUACUACUACAUGGGUGCCCUAUUCAGCAAAAUAUUUGGUCGAUUGUGGGGUGAAAAAGAAGUCCGGAUAUUGAUUCUUGGUCUUGAUGGAGCUGGUAAAACUACCAUUCUGUACAGACUUCAGAUUGGCGAAGUUGUUACCACCAUUCCUACCAUCGGCUUCAAUGUGGAGACCGUUUCUUACAAAAAUAUCAAGUUCCAAGUAUGGGAUUUGGGUGGACAGACAAGCAUAAGACCUUAUUGGCGAUGUUACUAUGCAAACACAGAUGCCGUGAUUUACGUUGUUGAUAGCGUGGACAAGGAUCGUAUGCAGACAUCAAAAGAGGAACUCCACGCCAUGUUGGAGGAAGAGGAGCUAAAGGACGCAGCACUGCUAGUGUUUGCCAAUAAGCAGGAUAUGGAGGGUGCUUUGUCUGCUGCCGAAGUGGCCGAUGCACUGGGCCUUUCUACUCUGAAAAACCGACAGUACUCCAUCUACAAAACAAGUGCAAUUAAGGGCGAAGGCUUGACGGACGGUCUGGAUUGGUUGGUUAAUAUCAUUCAAGAAAACAAGCAAUAGAAAGAAACUCUCCGCUGCACAUAUCACACACAUUCUCUCUCUCUCUCUCUCUCUCGCUCAAUACGUACACACACACACUCACACACUCACAAAAGACACAUGGCUUUUUUUUCCCUUCCACUGUAGACAUCUUUUUUUUUUGCUUUUCUCUUCUAAACCAACGCUCUACUAUAUGUACUUGUAUCUAUCACCCCUCUUCUUUUGCUACCUAGCAAACCGUCUAGCCAACCGAUUAAUGAACCGGUUUAGCUCAGAACUUCCUCACUCUACAUAUGCACAAACAAUUGAAACACACUAAAUCAAGCAAAGAUC